UUCGGUGACUUUCCGAUCGAAUGCCCAAUGCCAAAACCCUAGCGAACAGAAAAAAGGGUAUGGUCAUUUUCCUUUACAGUUUCACCGAUAAUACAUAUACACAUUCAUCUUCGCUGAAACAGAUUUUGUUGCUGCUCGAUUACUCAAGUGCUUACAUGAAGAUGGGCAGUGGAGGAGGCAAAGCAAAGGAAGAGGAACAAGAUGGCGCGUCUGUUCAUUCUCCAUGCAAAGCUCCUCCCUCCUCUGCUUCUUCUUUACCCAAGGAGCCAACGCAGGUCGAUUUGGAGCUGAGACUGUUACAGGGUCUUCAAAUUUAUUCGCCAAAAAAACUGCAAGGCAUGCAUCGCCACUUUGUUAUAUAUGGUCUGAUGGAAUAUUUACGCAGGAGUUUUGAUCGAAGUUUCUCUUCUGAGGAAGUCCUGCAAUUGCUGGAUCGAUUUUACAAUAUAGAAAUGCUGAAACCAGACGAUGAAGAGAUGGAAUUACUAAACCGCGAACAAGUCUUCUCUUUGCCUCCAAGUUACCAUGUCAAGGAAGAUACGGAUUAACAUUUUUGGAGUAUGUACAUUUUUAUAUGUGACAGUUGUUCAGCUUUGGAUGUGUACAGCUGGUUUUUUCCAUUCCCCUCCCUUAAUUUUGGGUCAGAUCAUAUUUUGGGGAUAAAGGUUCUUCUAAAGCAAAAGCUGCACUUUGGAGGCUUAGAUGUAGAAUAAAAAACUGUCUAUGAAAAAUUGUAAUGGAUAAAA